CAGCAGACGUACGUACUGUAGGUACGGCCGGACCGUGGAUCGCGAAGCACCCGGCCCAGGCAAGGUCUGAUGAGGCCGACGCUUGUCCCCCACGUCCGAAACUCUUCUCUCCUCCAGCUCCCUCGCCGGCGGCUGCGCGGGCAGGCAGGGCUCGGAUCCCAGCAGGGGUGUGUGUUCGGGUGCAAACCCCGGCCACCACCAUCCGCGAAGCGCCCCAUUGGCGGCCCAUUUUGCUGAUCACAAACCCCUGUACACCCUCUUGCGACCUGCAACUAAAUGCUAGUGAUUGUGGCUACGGAUGGGGACUUGAGCUGGACAGUCUGUCGGGUGCGCCUUUGCGUCUGACGAUCCCCAACCCGCAACAGCGCACAAGGCCAGUGCCGUCCUGCUGCACAGCACCGCAUCAUCGAAUGUAGGUAUUCCCGCUGUUGGACGGCCCUGUUGGGCGGUGCUGCGGCCGCACGAGAGCGUACACAGACACACACACACACACACACACACACACAUACGGACAGGGCAGCAGUACGUUUGUCAGUACUUCUGCACGCCCUCAGACCUGCACUUACACGAACCCUCUCCUUCUCUCCGCCUUCUCUUUCCCCCUCGUCGUCCACGUCUGCAGACAUCGACUUGAUUCGCCUCGAGCAUCGCCUUCGCCCUCGUCGUCGUCACUCACGGAGCUCGCUGGACUCGCCGCUGCCGACAACCCCGUGCUGUCAGUGUGAUCCUCGAGAGGGAGCAACCCGUCGUCACGCUCGGCCGAAGGCCGCCGCGAGUAGGACGGCGAGAAGAGAGACACCCACCAAGUCCCGUGCGGGGGCUGGUCUCAUUGACUGCACUGGCCAGAUCAGACGGAUUGAUUGAUUCAACCAACCCGUUCCGACCUUCUGGCGCGCGAGCCUAGUCGUCCCGGGCAGGCGUGUUCCGCUCGGCCAUUUGAGGCCCUCAUCGCCCCGUCCGUCCCUACGAUUCCAAGGCUCGUCUACUUCAUCGCCUCAAGGCCGGCUGCCGCCACAAUCAUAGCAGAGCGAGCAUCACAUUGUCUGGUUGCUCAUAUCUCGACGCCUCAGCACAUACCUACCGCCUGCACUUGUAAUCCUGUCUAUCCCACGCCACCACUCGUGCCUUGCUGCCCCCGCACCCGCUUCCUGCCUCUCAACGCGACGGACAUCUUCCACAACGAGGUCCAGGCCGCUGCACUGCGCUUCUCGUUCCGCUACAACUGUAAGAGAGACUCUACGUCUCCGUCUCGGCCCCGUGCGAGCGGGAUAACAACGGGGAAAGCCCUCGUCUCGCGCAACGGACCGUGACUCGACGCCACGACUGACACGCGCAUCGCCGCACCGCAGCAGAAGCGCAACAAGCCACUGACCGAACGGCAAGGGCACUCAGCCCUGGAAGCCCUGGAUACGGAACGUCGCACGCUCCCCAAUUGUACACCAACCACGAGGGCCUGUAUCUACGGCUCCUUCAAGCUCACCUGUGUAGACAGUUAUCGGCACUGACAGUGUGGCCGAUAACGAGCUGCCCACCCUCCCGCCACGUCGUUGCCCUUUCAAGGACUUUUUUAAGGAUCGCGAAUCUGGUUCUGCUAGUAUCCCUUCCAGGUCUAGGCCCCCAAGAAUCCAUUGACAUCUCGCCAGCGUUACACAGCGUCUGAUCUCGAGCACGGAAGCCUGGUCGGGUCAAAGCAUACCCUCGCACAACGCCCACCGGCCCUGUCCGCCACGACUAUUCGACCCACGCAUGGCACGGCAUGCAAUAGGCUCCCAUCUCCCGAGCACCCCAACCGUCUCACGCAGGCAGGACAGCAACUCAGUCGCCAUUGACCUGGAGAUACUGCAUUCAUCCUUCCGUUUGGCAGCCCAUCCCACGAAACCUGUCGUGCCGCUCAGGUCUGCCUUAUAUCAACACCAGACGGAGCCCUUUUAGUUGCGACUUGGCACUGAUUCGAUCUUCUCCGAAAGGUUUGGCCCGGUUUACCAGCCUCACUGCUUGGCAUCUGCUUCCUGAGCACGGCAAGCCAUGGUGCGAGACUGGCCGAGGGAUUCAUUCCCCCGGCAGCAGUCGUUCCAGCAGCAAUGCUACCCUCCAGCUGGGCGCCCAUCCUUUCAACAUGAGCGAUACGGUCAAGAUGCUGUGCCUCGGCAGGACGCAUUCCAGCAGGAGCGAUACCAGAUGGAUGGGAGUGAGGGCGCCCGCUUCCAGGAUCAGUAUGAUUUACACCGCAGAGCUCCUCCGAUGAUCGACGAGGCUCUACGGUCGCAUUGCGGCAUCGCCGCCAAACAGUACUUUGUCGCUGCCAUCAACGAUGAUGGCCUCCCCAUCACAUUCUUCAGCCCCGGACAGAAGCUCCACGACAGUGCCAUUCGGCAAUUCUUCGACGCGAACAAGUUCCAGCAGGUCAUGCGGAGGAUUGAGUCGGGUGCCGAUCCCAUGCUGGAGGACGGAUUCGGCUUCGAAGAAUCCAUGUACGGGCGCUCGGACAGCUUUGGCAAACUGCGGGCGAUGGACCGGCGGCGCGGCUCCGUCUUUGAUGACUGGGGCAGCCCCGCGCGACAAGGCCGGAAGCGGCCCCGAGCUCGUCAUGCCGCCAACGAUGACGACGUCCCGAUGACAGUCUCGUCGCGAAGAGGCAUCAAGGUUGGGGACUCGGAUGCAGUAUGGAACUUCUACGAACAACGGUUCAAGAACUGCCAGCAGACGGCUUGCAAGCUCAUCGCCAAGGCAUGGGUGAAAGCAGUAGAGCCGAAGAAGCAGUCAACCCAUCCUUAUACUGGGAGUGAUGAAAAGGCUCCGGACUGGUGGCCGAAACCGUGGGGGCCCACAAAGGACGACAAGGUCAGGCAUAAGGAGCCUGAUCAUCUGUACAAACGAGAACGCGUGCAUCUUCUUGCGCACAUCCUACGUCUCGUCGUGGAGCCGAAUGGGAAGCAGCAUCCAGACAUCCAGAAGCUCUGUCUCAAUGUCAAGAAAUUGGAGGAGACGACUAACGAGGCCCUGUCGGCCUUUUUCUUGGAUAACGACGCCAACGCCAAGAAGCGACCGUACCUGAACGAGAUUUUCAAAAUGGCACGCCAGGAGGAGCGCUUCAAGAACGGCGAGAUUGAUGACUCAACCGAGGUCUACGUCAUGGCGGAAGACAAAGUACCAGAAAGCUACCCUUCGGAUAACGACGACGGGCCCUUCAACAUUAAGGAAGAGGACGAGCACGAGGCGCAGCGCUCCAAGGGGGCGGCGGUGGUGCACCCCAUGGCGCACACACCAACGACGACGGCGACCAACGGACACGGUCUCCAUGGCGGCCCGAGCCCUUUCAUGGGCGAACUCCCAGUUAGAGGCACGCCCUUUCACCCACCCAUGAUCCAGACAGACCUGGCACCGCAACAGCACUCCUUCGUCGAGGGCAACGGGCUGCCAGUAAGCGACCAGAGCACAGUCAGCACCGGGAGCGGUGGCCUCACGAUGGACCUGGUGGCCAGCCCACACGACGGGAACAGGCGACCCUCGGUCUUCAGCGACUAUACCAGCCCGGGGGGCGGGGCAAUGUACCACCAGCCGUGGCAGCAAGGGUCAGCCGGGCCCAACUCGUCGUCCAUGUACGCGUACACGACGCAGCAGACAACGCCCCAGCAGCCGGCUUUUGUCAGCCAGGCGGUAACACUGAACGCUGGGCAGCCCUUUUUGACAAGCUCAUUUGAGAGCUCCCCGCGGCCCGAAUAUGAUGCCAACGGCAACGCCAUUUUCCGAGGUGGCGACAUGACUGCGGCGCCGGUCAGCCAGCAGCCGGGGUACUACGUGCCGAGUGACGGGCGCGGGAGCUUGAGGGUCCUGACUCAGGUUGUGGACGCGGUGCCGAGAAACGCGGUAUAAUAGAGGUGACAAGACGGGUUGGGAACUGUGUUUGGCCGGUCUCUACGGCAAGCGACUGUCUGUCGUUUGUUGUUGUUGCUGCUGCUGCUGCUGCUGUUGUUGUUGUUGAUGUCAUUGGGCCCUGGUCUGAUGCCCAUUCUUUGCUACUGUCACAGAGCCCCUUCAGUUGGCGUGCGCGAUACCCCUACGACAACAUAGAUCUCGCUCGGCGGGUGUCCCUUGGAUGGUCCCUUUGGAUGUUUCGGUUUGCCGCCUGACCAUUGGAUCGGUGCGUGAGCUGCAGAGCACGAAUUUCCGGCAGAGCGUGCAUGUUGUGUUUUUCCUGUUUUUUUUUCUCCCUCUCUCUUUCAAUCCACGGCCUGCGUGCGUGUUGUCUGGGUCAAACGGAAAUGUGCGUGUCCCCCUGUCGAGGGGCGUACAGGAUGAGCAUGUAUACCCGAGCGUCGAAUAUGGUAAGCAUCAUGGGCUUUUGAGGCCUUUUUUUUCUUCUCUUUCCUUUAAUUGCGAGACAAAAUACAUAUGGGACGCAACAUAGUUCGCGUGUACGAGUUUACG